AUGGCAACCCCGGCAUUCAAUCCAUCUUGUAGCUCCAAUUUCCCGAGCUUUGCAGGCUCAUCGUCACUGCCGAACUUGCCAUUCGGAUCGGCAAUGGUGAAGAACGAGCUGGGGCAACCGUCUCCGCCGCCAUCAUCCAACUUCCUCUCCUUCGGAGCUGGCCAGGCUAGCACCCUGAACUUUUCCGGCUGGCAGCGAGACAGAGUCCAAGGGACGAUGCAGCAGCUGCAGGCGCCUGAGAGGCGGGGCAGGGCACCGCAAGAGCACGUCAUCGCCGAGCGCAAGCGGCGGGAGAAGCUGCAGCAGCAGUUCGUGUCGCUGGCCACCAUCGUCCCCGGCCUCAAGAAGACUGACAAGCUCUCUCUGCUGGGGAGUACCAUCGACUACGUGAAGAACCUGGAGGAGAAGGUGAAGGCCCUGGAGCAAGGCUCACGGAGGUCAUCAGAGUCCAUGGUGUUCGAUAGCAAAUGCUGCAUAUCCGCUCCCAACAACGAUGCAGCAGGCCCCAGCGGGAGCCGCUCCGGGUCAGGGUACUCGAGCCCGGACAUUGAGGCCAGCAUCCGAGGGAACACGGCACUCCUGAAUAUCUGCUGCAAGAAGAGGAGAGGGGUGCUGGUGAUGAUCCUGUCCGAGCUCGAAAACCAGGGCCUGUCUAUCAUAAACACCAACGUCAUACCGUUUACGGACUCCUGCCUCAACAUCACCAUCACGGCAAAGAUCGAAGAGGGGGGUUUGUCCGCAGUUGAGCUCGUGAAAAACCUGAAAAUGGCCCUCAGAAGUCUCAGCUGGAAGUAG